UUGAAUGCCGACCUGCAGUUGAUCGUGGGCAUGCUUCUGAUUUGGCUGAGGCACUGCUGCGGAAUCAAGUUCACGCUGCUCCACACGAACGACAUGCACUCCUGGUUCGAUCCGCAGUCGGAGAGCGGUGGAAAGUGCCAGGCGGGCGACGAUAAGCAGGGACGCUGCUUUGGGGGAUUUGGUCGCGUGGCUACUGCCGUCUCAGAGGCCAGGAAGGCGGGCACGGUGAUCUAUUUGAAUGGCGGAGACACGUUCCAGGGCACGCCCUGGUACACGACCUACAAGGGGAAAAUGGUGGCUCAGCUGAUGAAUAUGCUGGCCCCCGAUGCCAUGGCGCUGGGUAACCACGAGUUCGAUGACGGCGUCGAAGGACUCGUCUGGUUUCUGGAUCUGGUCAAGUUUCCUGUAUUGUGGUGCAACACGGAUCUGCGGAAGGUGCCCAAGCUGCAGGCCUUGAAGCAGCUGGUUAAAUCCACGAUCAUCACCAAGGAGCACACAAGGAUCGGAAUUGUGGGCUAUAUACGGCCGGAUACUAAAGAUCGUGUCCAGCCAAGCGAUGUGGUGUUCACCAAAGAGAUACCCGCCAUUAACGCGGAGACAAAGAAGCUUUUGGAUCAAGGGGCUACCAUCAUCAUUGCUCUGGGACACGCCGGAUUCGAAAAGGACAAGGAGAUAGCCAGGGACUGUCCAGAUGUGGACAUCGUCGUGGGCGGCCAAUCGCACACGUUCCUUUACACGGGCAAGCCCCCAGACAAGGAACUGCCCGAGGAUCGCUAUCCCACCAUCGUUUUUAAGCCGGAUGGGAUCAAGGUGCUCGUCCUGCAGGCAUAUGCCUUCACCAAAUUUCUGGGCUUCAUCGAUCUGGAGUUCGACAAUGUCGGCAACAUGUUGAGCUUCAAGGGCAAUCCCAUUCUUCUGGCCAACUCGGUCAACCCCCGCCGGGAUGUCCAGGAACUGUUGGACAGAAAGCGCAAGGUAAUCGACGACAUGGAACAACACGUGGUAGGCACUACCAUGGUGCACCUGAACGGGGAUCGGACCUGCUGCAGAUUGGGGGAGUGUAACUUUGGGAACAUUAUCGCGGACAGCUUGGUCUAUGCCCGAGUGCUGGAGCAGACGGGUGCGAGGAAACACUGGACGGAUGCGGCCAUUGGGUUAAUGAAUUCCGGAGGUAGGGGCUCGACAGGGCAUUCAUUUGAAAGUUCCCUUAUACAGACAUCCCCGAUAGGGAUACGGGCCUCGAUCGGUCCGGCCCAGACGGGGGCCAUCACGGAGGCGGACGUGAUGACCGUGUUGCCCUUCGACAGCGACCUGUACUACACCAGAAUCAGUGGCGAUCACCUAAUGAAGGCCUUGGAGCCCUCUGCUGAUCAGCGAGACACGGAGUCGACUGGGGGCUAUCUACAGGUGUCCGGAUUACGCCUGAAGUUCAACUACAACCGGACCAAAGGCCAGCGUAUCUCGUCAAUCCGCGCCCGGUGCACCAACUGUCAAAUACCUUUCUACGAGAUCGUCGACAGGGAAAAGUACUAUGGUGUGAUUGUGCCCUACUUCCUCCUGGCCGGCGGCGAUGGACACAGCUUUGUGGAUUCCGACCAGCCAGAGUUCUCCAAACUGUUGAUGAACGAUCGCGAGGCGCUGAUCAGGUACCUCCAGGAGCACAAGAUCGUCUAUCCAGAGCGUGAGGAGCGCAUCAUCGGCCUGGAGAGGAAAGCGUCCUGCUCCAGCAGGAUUCUGGCAAGGCUUUUACUCAUUUUCUUUUUCCCUAUUCACUUCACACUUCAAUGAUUACGUAAAAGAUUGCCCUAUAAAUACACUAUCAGAUCAUUUUGCAUCUACGGCUGUUCUUCGGCUGCUUAGAUACAAGGUGCAAAACGA